CAACUUGCACGUACGAGAGCGUCCAUGGACGACGGCAGCAGCAACAAGGUGGUUGAGGACGUCGCGGAGGAGGACCCCGGCCGCCGCGGCGGUCCAUGGAGGACGGAUGAGGCCGACGCCAACGAGAAGGCGCCUCGCCCGAGCAGGCGGGUCGCUUCCCUCGACGUCUUCCGCGGCCUCACCGUCGCGCUGAUGAUACUGGUGGACGGCGCCGGCGGCGAGUGGCCGGUCAUCGGGCACGCGCCGUGGAACGGCUGCAACCUCGCGGACUUCGUGAUGCCCUUCUUCCUCUUCAUCGUCGGCAUGGCCGUUCCCCUGGCCCUCAAGAGGAUCCCGGACCGUGGCCGAGCCGUGAGGAGAGUGGUCGUAAGGACGCUGAAGCUGCUCUUCUGGGGCAUCCUGUUGCAAGGCGGUUACUCCCACGCUCCGGACGAACUGGCGUAUGGAGUCGACAUGAGGCACGUGAGGUGGGGCGGAAUCCUCCAGAGGAUCGCUCUUGCGUACCUGGUGGUUGCGGUUCUAGAGAUGGUGACGAAAGACGGCGCCAAGGUUCAUCAGGACCAGCCGCCAGGUUCUUCAGGCCGCUUCUCCCGUGUAUUCAGAAUGUAUCUCUCCCAGUGGAUCGUCGCGUGCUGCAUUCUGGUGGUCUACCUGUCCCUUGCCUACGGGGUCUACGUUCCUGACUGGGAGUUCAGAGUGCGAAACGCUGACAGCCCAGACUACGGCAAAGUUCUAACGGUGAGGUGUGGUACGAGGGGGGCGUUGGACCCUCCCUGCAACGCCGUAGGCUACAUCGACCGCAGAGUCCUGGGCAUCAACCACAUGUACCAGAAGCCGGCAUGGAGAAGGCACAGGGCCUGCACUGAUGACUCCCCACACGAGGGGCCUUUCAGAGAGGAUGCCCCAGCGUGGUGUGUCGCGCCAUUCGAGCCUGAAGGGAUACUGAGCUCACUGUCUGCUGUGCUGAGUACGGUCGUCGGUGUUCACUACGGGCAUGUGCUUGUCCACAUGAAGAGCCAUACGGACAGGCUUAGGCAGUGGGUUACCAUGGGCGUAGCUCUUCUCGUUCUCGGAAUCAUUCUGCACUUCUCGCAUGCGAUCCCGCUCAACAAGCAGCUCUACACGUUCAGCUACAUCUGCGUCACUGCCGGCGCCGCUGGGGUCGUCUUCUCAGCGCUCUACUUCUUGGUCGACGUCGUGAGCCUGCGCUACGCCUUCGCGCCGCUGCGGUGGGUCGGCAUGAACGCGAUGCUGGUGUACGUGAUGGCCGCGGAAGGCGUCUUCGAGGGCUUCCUCAACGGGUGGUACUACGAGAGCACCAACAACACUCUGGUUUACUGGGUGAGGAAGCACGUGUUCGUCAAGGUGUGGCACUCCACCAGGGUGGGCAUCCUCCUCUACGUCCUCUUCGCGCAGAUCCUCUUCUGGGCGCUCGUCUCCGGCGUCCUCCACCGCGCUCGCCUCUACUGGAAGCUCUAGCGAGCGAACGGUGGCAUAGCAUGCUUUUGUCUUUUGAACUGCACAUGAUACACACGACACCUCAAACUCGAACCCCAAGUUAGUUUGAAGAACUCAAAUCACGGGCAAAAUGGAAUUCGGCGAGCGGAUCGGAUUCAUUAUU